CCCUCCGAGCCUGGCCAGAGAAACCCACUUGCGCCACUCGGUGACCCACCGGCAUGUCCAGACCGUCGCUCAGACUCCGACGCGUGCCAAGGCAGGGUUGGAGCAGCACGCCUGGGAUUGCUCCGCUGCUACCGCUGCUGCUGCUGCUGCUGCCACUCCAGGCUGAGGCCAACUGCCCGUGCCAGGAUCCAGCGCUGUGCCAACCCAUCCGCAACCACCCCAACUUCGAGGUCUUUGUGUUUGACGUUGGUGGCAAAACUUGGAAAUCUUAUGACUGGUCACAGAUUACAACUGUGGCACUUUUUGGAAAAUAUGACUCAGAACUUAUGUGCUAUGCUCAUGCAAAAGGAGCCAGAGUAGUGCUAAAAGGAGAUGUAUCCUUAAAGGAUAUCAUUGAUCCUAAUUUCAGAACAUCCUGGAUAGCUCAACAAGUUAACUUGGCCAAAACACAAUAUAUGGAUGGAAUUAAUAUAGACAUAGAGCAAGAAGUUAAUUAUUCAACACCUGAAUAUGAUGCACUGACUGCUUUAGUCCAAGAAACUGCAGACGCUUUCCAUCAUGAAAUUGAGGGAUCACAGGUAACCUUUGAUGUAGCUUGGUCUCCAAAGUGCAUAGACAGAAGGUGCUAUAAUUAUACUGGAAUUGCAGAUGCUUGUGACUUUCUCUUUGUGAUGUCUUAUGAUGAACAAAGUCAGGUCUGGUCAGAAUGUACGGCAGCAGCCAAUGCUCCCUGUAAUCAGACAUUAACUGCAUAUGAUGACUACAUCAAGAUGGGCAUUAACUCCAAGAAACUUGUAAUGGGUCUUCCCUGGUAUGGUUAUGAUUAUACCUGCCUGACUCUAUCAGAGGAUCAUGUUUGCACCAUUGCAAAAGUCCCUUUCCGGGGAGCUCCUUGUAGCGAUGCGGCAGGACGUCAGGUGCCCUAUAAAAUAAUUAUGAAGCAAGUAAACAGUUCUAUUUCUGGAAUCCUGUGGGAUGAAAAUCAAAAGUCUCCAUAUUAUAACUAUAAAGACUCUGCUGGCCGUUUUCAUCAAGUGUGGUAUGAUAACCCGAAAAGCAUUUCUUUAAAGGCAACAUAUACACAAACCCGUGGCUUACGGGGCAUUGGCAUGUGGAAUGCUAACUGCCUUGACUACUCUGAAGAUGCUAUAGCCAAACAGCAAACUGAAGAAAUGUGGAAAGUCUUAAAACCGAAGCUGUGACGUAUGUGAACAUCUUUUGUCAAACUUAAGAUUUAGAAAAUCAUCUAUGUAAACAGAUCUGGUUUCUUGAAAAGACAAAAAAAUUUAUGUUGUUGACAUGUACCUAUAUAUGUUACUUAUCAGUAUAAUUAAAACAGACAAAGAAUAAAGAGAUAUUUUGAUUGUUUAUAUUUGAAGAUGUAUAGAUAUCUUAAUUAUCCAGCAACAUAAAGGUAAGAAGUCGACAUCCUAUAUUAAUUAUUCCUUUAUAAGAUGCUUUAAUACUAUAAUUAGGAACUACUGCUUUCAAAAUUUUAUUAUGCUGUUUUCCCCUUAAUAUUAACAUGUAUGCUUACAAAUAAAUGCUGAUUUUUAAA